UUUAAUGAAUAAUGUCUGAAAACUACAGUGCUAAUUCGGAAAGCGAUAAGACAAAAGAAAUCAAAAGUGAUGGUGGGAAAAGUGAAGAAACUUAUAGUGAUGAGAAUUCUCCAGCUGACUUUAACAAGGCCAUAGAAGCCUCAGGGCUAGGACUCUACAAUGUCAUCCUAUUAUUCCUAGCCAUUGUGGGGCAAUUCGCUAGUAUAUUUGAGUCCAGCACCAUGUCAUACAUAUUGCCCAUCGCUGAAUGUGAUCUUCAGUUGACACUGAAUGACAAGGGCGUGUUGAAUGCCGUCGGCUAUGCUGGCAUGAUGAUAUCGGCUAUAUUUUGGGGCUAUCUGGCUGACACAAGAGGUCGUCGCAAUAUUCUGCUCUAUGGCUAUUUGGCUGAUGCUGCCUGCGUAUUUGGCAGUGCUUUGAGUCAGAACUUCAUAAUGCUAAUAACAUUCAAGUUUUUGGGAGGAUUAAUUGUAAAUGGACCAGCUGCGGUGCUUUUCACAUAUUUAGUGGAGAUGCAUGGACCAAAGCAUUCAGGCAUUAUUAUAAUGAUAGUCGGAAUGAUAACGUCAACUGCUAUGCUAGCUCUGCCUUUGUUUGCCUGGGCCAUAUUUCCGCAGGAUUGGCAAUUUCGAUUAUUUGACAGUCUCCAGAUAAACACUUGGCAAAUCUAUUUGUUUGUUUGUGGUCUACCAAGUCUUUUGAGCGGACUAAUACUCUUCAUUCUACCCGAGAGUCCUCGAUUUCUUAUGGGUCAGGGACGCAAUGAAGAAGCAUUAAAAUCAUUUCGUACAAUAUAUUAUUUCAAUACGCGUAAACCGAAAGAUACCUAUCCGAUCAAAUCACUUAUACAAGAGCUACCCGAUCGUAAAUCCAAUAAAGAUGAAGCCAUCUUUACUGUAGAGCCCAAUACCGAAGCAAAGCAUGCCAAACCCAAAUCUCGUUCAUUUUUAGAGGGUCUACAACAAAUGAAACCUUUAUUCCACAAGCCCUUGCUUCUGAUGUCCUUGCGUUGUUAUACCAUGCAACUAUGUAUAUUUCUGGGAAUGAAUACAAUUCGCCUGUGGCUGCCACAAUUAUUUGCCUCCACCGCGGAAUAUGAAGCUCUUCAUUUUGGCGAGGAUGAUGUUUCCUCAACCAUGUGCACCAUUUUGGAGUAUAGCGUUAAUAAGACUGCUGAAACUUUGACGAAUCAUGAGAAUAUAUGUUCUGAGCCUAUAAACAUAUCCAUAGAUAUGUAUAUGAAUAAUAUUAUUGUAUCAGCAACUGGAUUCUUUGGAUAUUUCUUUGCGGGCGGCAUUGUGAGAGUUUUGGGCGCCAAACGUUUGUUAACCUAUGGCCUCUUUUUGUCUGGUCUACUGGGUUUCACUCUAUACUUCUCUGUGAAUAGUCUAAUGACUUUAGUUGUUUCCUCGUUAUUUCAAACCGUCACAGUUGUUUCAGUCUCAUCGCUAAUGAGUGCUGUAGUGACCCUUUUUCCCACCCAACUGCGAUCUGUUGUCGUAGCUGCCUGCAUGAUGUGCGGUCGCUUGGGUGCCCUUACAGGAAACUUAUUAUUCCCGAUAUUUGUACAAAUCGGCUGCAUGCCCCCAUUUUUAAUGGUCUCUGCUGCUCUUAUAUUGGCUGGCGCGCUCUCAAUAUUUGUACCAAAUCCAUCAAAAGUUACGUCUUCCUAGAGAUAACUACUAAC